UCCCUGGAGCCUGGGCUUGUGGCUGGGACAACGCGGGUGCUAAGGGGGUGCGGAGAGGCGGCUGCGCGGUGCUAGCCGCAGAGGCCGCGCGGGGAAGCGAGCCACCAUGUUCAACCACCAGCAGCAGCAGCUCCAGCAAUUGCAGCAGCAGCAGCUCCAGCAGCAGCAAUUGCAGCAGCAGCAGCAGCAGCAGUUGUUGCAGCUCCAGCAGCUUCUCCAGCAGUCCUCACCUCAGGCUGCGUUGCCUGUGGUCGUCAGGGGGCUCCCUCAGCAGCAGCCACAACAGCAGCUUCUGAGUCUCCAAGGCACCAAUUCGGCCUCCCUCCUCAACAACUCUAUGCUACAGAGAGCUUUGCUUUUGCAGCAGUUGCAAGGACUGGACCAGUUUGCAAUGCCACCAUCCACGUAUGACAGUGCCGGUCUCACCAUGCCCACAGCAACAUUGGGUAACUUCCGAGGCUACAACAUGGCAACUCCGAGCCUGACAGCCCCCAGCAUUACACCCCCUCAGCUGGCCACUCCAAAUUUGCAGCAGUUCUUUCCCCAAGCCACUCGCCAGUCCCUGCUGGGUCCCCCUCCUAUUGGGGUCCCCAUUAACCCUUCUCAGAUCAACCUCUCAGGGCGGGGCCCCCAGAAACAGGCCCGGACCCCCUCUUCCACUACCCCCAAUCGCAAGGAUUCCUCUUCUCAGACAAUGCCUGUGGAAGACAAAACAGACCCCCCAGAGGGGUCUGAGGAAGGCACAGAGUCCCGAGUGAGCACACCAGAAGACCAAGAUUCACCACCCUGCCCUGAUGACAUCACUAAGGAGAAAUCCACUCCAGCACCUGAGCCUUGUGAGAUGUCUGAGCCGCCAGCCAAGAGGAUGAAGAGCUCAGAGGAGCCAUUAGAAAAGGGUCCCCCAGGGCAGCCACAGGCAAAGGUCCAGCCACAAGCCCGGAUGACAGUACCAAAGCAGACACAGACACCAGAGCUGUUGCCUGAGCCCCUGGAAGCCCGAGUGCUGCCGCGAUUCCAGCCACGGGUUUUGCAGAUCCAGGCCCAGGUGCAACCCCAAACUCAGCCAUGGAUGCCACCAGUGGACACCCAGGUGCAGCCAAAGCUGCAGAAGCAGGCACAAACGCAGACCUCUCCAGAACACUUAGUGCUGCAGGAGCCACAGGUGCCAGUGCCACCACUGCAGAAGGAGGUCGAACUACAGAAGCAGAUGCAGCCUCAGGUGCAGCCACAGGCACAUUUACAACCCCCAGAACAGGUGCAGCCACAGCUGCAGAAGCAGGCCCAGACACAGACUUAUCCACAGGUACAUACACAAGCACAGCCAAGGGUCCAGUCACAGGAGCAGCCACCGGAGCAUCCUUCAGCGCAAGUGCCAGUGCAGCCGUCAGAGCAGGCUCAGGGGCAGCCUCAGACCCAGCCACAGGUGCCAUUGCUGGCUCCAGAGCAAGCACCAGCUCUGGUUAAUGGCACAGCACCAGAGCCACCACCUGAUACAGUAGAAGCGGGAGGAGGCACAGAGGAGGCCAUGCCAGAGCCAGUGGGUGCCCAGGUCCAUGUGGAAGAGAGCCAGGAGGAGGCAACCAGCGGCCUGGAUGUGGGAGAAUGUGAAAAAAGAGCAAGAGAGAUGCUGGGGGUAUGGGGUGCUGGGGGCUCCCUGAAGGUGACCAUUCUGCAGAGCAGUGACAGCCGGGCCUUUAGCACCAUACCUCUUGCACCUGGGCCCCGCCCUGGCGACUCCACCUCCACCGGCCCCACAGCUGCCAGCACACCCUCUAAGCAGACCCUCCAGUUCUUCUGCUACAUCUGCAAGGCCAACUGCAACAGCCAGCAGGAGUUCCAGGACCACCUAUCAGAGGCACAGCACCAGCGGCGGAUAGGGGAGAUCCAGCACAUGAGCCAGUCCUGCCUGUUGUCCCUGCUGCCCGUGCCCCGGGAUGUCCUGGAGAGAGAGGCAGAAGAGCCUCCACCAAAGCGCUGGUGCAACACCUGCCAGGUCUACUACAUGGGGGACCUGAUCCAACACCGCAGGACACAGGACCACAAGAUUGCCAAACAAUCCCUGCGACCCUUCUGCACCAUUUGCAACCGCUACUUCAAGACUCCUCGCAAGUUUGUGGAACACGUAAAGUCCCAAGGACACAAGGACAAAGCCAAGGAGCUGAAGACUCUGGAGAAGGAGAUAGCCAGCCAAGAUGACGACCAUUUCAUCACAGUGGAUGCUGUGGGUUGCUUUGAGGGUGAUAAAGAAGAGGAGGAGGAGGAUGACGACGACGAUGAUGAUGAAGAGAUUGAGGCUGAGGAGGAAUUCUGCAAGCAGAUAAGAUCCAGAGAUACAUCCAUAGAGGAAUGGAAGGGCUCAGAGACCUACAGCCCCAACACUGCAUAUGGUGUGGACUUUCUGGUGCCUGUGAUGGGCUAUGUCUGCUGUGUCUGCCACAAGUUCUACCACAGCAACUCAGGGGCACAGCUGUCCCACUGCAAGUCCUUGACCCACUUUGAGAACCUGCAGAAAUACAAGGCAGCCAAGAACCCCAGCCUUACCACCCGACCUGUGAGCCGUCGGUGUGCCAUCAACGCCCGAAAUGCCUUGACUGCACUGUUCACCUCUGGCGGCCGCCCACCUGUCCCACCUUGCACCCAGGACACAGCCAAAACUUCCAGCAAGGUGAUGGCCCGACCCUCCCAGCCCCCACCACCCCGGCGUUCAAGCCGCCUAAAAACCUGAUCAAGGGGGUUCCCAGGGUAGUCUGCUAAUGCUCUUUAGGAGUCUGCAUGGAAACUCUGACAUGGUUCAUGUUUUUACUGAAAAUCCAAUAAAAGGUAGUUUGGCUGUGCA